GAUCCAGUAUAGUAAAGCGGACGCACAAGUGAUCUCGUCAAGUUUAAGUCAUUUAUAAUUUAGCGUUCAUGACACUGGUUCUAGUGAUGAUCAAACUUCUGUGAUUUUAAAAUUGUUUAAGAGAAUUGUGUGAAUAAAUAAUCAAAAUGAAGUGUCUAGUUGUAAUAUUUGGUUUAGCGAUGCUUUUUACGAGUGCAUUAUCAGAUAGUUGUGUUACGCCUCUCGGUGCAAGAAGCCAAUGCGUAUCGAUAUACGAUUGCCCGCAGCUGCUUACAGCGUUUGAGCAAAGACCGCUUAAAAGUGAAAUGGUUAAUUUCCUAAGACAAUCGCAAUGUGGUUUCGAAGGAUACGUCCCGAGAGUUUGCUGCGGACCCACACCCUCUCAAUCUCAAAGCGCACCAACUACUCGACGACCUCCUUCAAGACCUGUUCGCCCGUCAAGUGGUGAAGAUCCAGUGGAAGAAGAAGAUUCCUAUCCGAUGCCAAGAGACAAGUGUGGAAUAGAUACGAACGGUGAUCGUUUAUACGGAGGACAGAUCACUGACCUGGACGAGUUUCCAUGGAUGGCGUUAUUGGGAUACCAACCUCCCAAAAAUGCCCCGUUAACAUACCAAUGUGGUGGAGUGUUGAUCAACCAUCGUUACAUCCUCACGGCAGCACAUUGUGUCGUUGGUGAAAUCGAAACUGCUGUUGGAAGAUUAACCACGGCCCGACUUGGUGAAUACGACUUACAAUCGGAUAUAGACUGUCUAUCUGAUACCUGCGCUGACCCUGUGCAAGAGAUAUUAGUUCAUUCAGCGUAUCCAAACCCAGGAUUUACAGAUAGAAAUAAAAACAGGAAAGACGACAUAGCUCUUGUUCGACUCGCUAAAAGAGCAUCAUUUACAUUUUAUGUCCAGCCGAUUUGUUUAGUUGAAAAUAAUCUUCGCUUAGAUGUCGGAAAUGACGUAUUUGUGGCCGGUUGGGGAAAAACCGAAAACGGAAAGAGUAGUCCAGUCAAACUAAAGUUGGGUUUGCCGAUAUUCAGCAAAUCUGAGUGCGUUUCGAAGUAUAGAUCACUUGGUGCCGAUUUGACUAAUGGACAGCUAUGUGCCGGGGGAGUCUUCGCCCAGGAUGCUUGUAGAGGAGAUUCAGGCGGUCCACUUAUGAGGAAAUCUGCUACAGGAGUUUGGGAAAGCGUUGCCGUUGUAUCAUUCGGAUAUGGAUGCGGAAGGGAGGGCUGGCCAGGCGUAUAUACAUCAGUCUCUAACUAUGUUGAUUGGAUUAAAAAUACAAUGCGCUCAAGUAACAUAUAGUUAUGUUUAAGGCUAAUAUGUAAUUAGUGUCAAUUUAUAUGCCAUACACGUGAGUGAGAGAGAGGUCCGACAGGUAAUGCGAUGAUAAUGAAUUGAUUACAUAUGAAUAAAAAAAUCGAUACGUUUUCUAAUAAAUGUUUUGUUUCAA